UCUCGUUUGAGGAGACAGGAUGUUGGCUUGAAAAGCCACCUGGAUCAGCUAGACCAGCGAAUAAGUGAGCUGAAAUUGGACGUCAGUAAGACCUCCAGUGAAUACUUGGAUAGUGACAGCCGGCCCAGCUCAGGCUUCUAUGAACUGAGCGACGGUGGUUCUUGCUCACUGUCCAAUUCUUGUACCUCUGUGUACAGUGAGUCCAUCUCCUCCUCCCACACGAGUCUCUUGCCUGGCUCUCAACACCCUAAAGCAAGGCUCAGUGUGUUUUAUUACCGACCCAAGUCUGCAGAUGAAACUACUGUGCACACCACCAGCUUCCAACAGCAGGGAACCUAUGUCAGCGAUGGAUGUCGGGCUACAGCUAGCACAGACAUUUCUGGUACUCCUGCCAGGUCCCGACCGAGGCCAGUUUCCACAGGUGACUUGGAAAGACUCAUUCCAGCAGACGCUAGAUUUCAGAAAGAGGCAGAUCCCAAUUGCAUGUUGCCUCUGUGCCAUGCCGGAGACAUGCACUUGCUCAGCGUGGACCCCAAAUUCCAGAAUGACUUGGUCUCCCAGAAUGGCAUUGAUGUGUAUCCUUACCCAAGCCCCCUUCAUGCGGUGGCUUUACAAAGUCCCCUUUUCUCCCUGGUGGGUACAUCCCCUGAAGCAGACCUCCAGGCUCCUCCCAGCAAACCCAUGCCUAGUGCAACAGGUCCCAGCUUGAUUAGGACUAGGCCAACCACUGAGGCCAAGCCAGGGGGUUACAUCAAUAAAUUACUGCAGCUGACGAGAUGCAAAGGGAACAAUCGGGCUGAUGCCAGUGAGUGGGUUUCAACAAAGAGCCAGCCAGCCACAAUGCACCAGAGACUCAUUAUAACCCCCAGCACCGGUGGAGUGAAAAUUAACAGCAGCAGUAGCCAGCUGGAAAAACAAGUGAGUUCUCUGGAAAGUAACAAAGCUGAAGGGAAGCUGCAGAGAGAGGUGCCGGAGGGGGAAUGUGCCAAGCAGCAGGAGACCAUGCGCUGUGUGAAUGAAGAGCAGCCAUCCACUCGGCCUGACACAGAGCCAUCAGCUGUGAAUAGUUGUUAUCCUGCCAAGUCAGCAGCAAGGGGCUCUCCUCUGGCAGAAGCAACGGAGAGCAGCGUGGAGCGCAGUUCAUCCGGCUCGCAGCUGUGCCAGGAGGACUCCAGUCCAGGCACCUGGAAUGCUAAAGCCAUCCCACCCAGAAAGCUGCCCCUCAAAAGGUGUGGCAAUGCGAAAUUGGCUAAUGCUGGGGGUCACGAGAGAGUGGCAUGGAGUGAGUUCGUUCAUGCUCAGUUUGUCCCUGCAGAAUCCCACCAAGUCCGGGUCAAGUUUGCCAGCUCCAAAACAAAGGCAGUGAAGGUAAAGAGGAGGAAUAGUGAAAAGGUGCUACGGCCUGGGAAGCAGGCCUUCUGCAUGGAGAAGGUGAGAGGGGUCCAUGGAGCUGCCAGACUGCCUGCUGAGUGGAAUCAGCCCCAAAGACCACACGGAACAAAGAGCCUCGUGCGGAGACCUUCGUAUUCUGGUGACGCAACCGGCAGGUCAUGCUCCGAGUCUAGCCUGUUCCCUGUGCAGGUCAGGCUCCCCACCAUGCCAUCCAGGCCAGAGCCCUACAGAGCCUCUGCCAACGCACUGUAUUCCCUCGAAGCAGCUUGCGUAGACACAGCCAACAAGAAGAAGCAGCGCAAGUGGCAGUCCACAGUGGAGAUCUCUGCCAAGGCCCACCUGGCCAGCCUCUCUAGUAGCUUUGGCCUCGGAGCGCCAAGGCUGCCAGCAAGGAGAGCUGGUGUCCUGCGCACUGUCAGUAUGAGGGCUCGCUCCAAGAGUCAGCGCCAUGGAGUUUACGCCAAAAGCGAGUCAGACCACUCUGAAUACUCUGCAGAGUGCGCUUCACUCUUUCACUCCACCAUCGCAGAGACCAGCGAAGGAGAGGUCAGUGAUUUCACGACUAACCGUUUCGGGGACAGUGAAUCCAGUGAAAGCGAUUCGGAUGGCAGCAGUAACAGCAGCAGCCUUGCCCUUGACUACGAUGAGGGGGAUGAAAGUGAGCUGAUUUGGCCUGAAGGUUCAGUCAGACAAUCGGGGACUGUCCAGGCCUCUUCCAAGCCUCUUCCCCCAGUGCCCAAAAUCUGUCGCAUCAAAGCUUCAAAGGCACUAAAGAAGAAGAUUAGGAGAUUCCAACCUGCCUCUCUGAAGGUCAUGACCAUGGUUUAA